ACACAAUUGUGCAACACUGGCUAAGAAAAAUAUGUAAACAAAACAUUGGCAAAAAGUUGCAAAAUCUUCCCAAACGCGAAAGAAUUUCAAGUAUCAAAUGUGUUAACUAUAUCAAUUAAUAAUGAUUUAAAGUGAUCCAAGACACAGUCAUGCCCAAUAAUACUCAAAAACCGUGAUUGGAUUGUUUAAAAGAACAAAUCGAAAGGGGGUUCUCAUAGGAAAAAUCUAUAUGGGACAUGACCCCACACACACACACACACACAUUCGUUUAUAUAUACAUAUAUGUAUAUAUAUGCAACGCAAUCAACGCCCCCAAAGUGUCAGACCCAACAAGCGCCAGCGAUUCUCCGAUUCGUCAUCGAUCCAAACAAUGGAGAAGUCGCAUUAAAGUAAAUUAAUUGAAAAAAAUCAACGUGAACCUUGAAGAGAUAUUUGGAAUUUCAGACACACACAUAAACAAACCCAACACAUACACACACACACACAUACACACACGUACAUAAUGGACGAUAAUUUGAGUACCAAAUCAUCAGAAUCAUCAAUAACCACUAGUGGGGAAUAUGAGAUAGUCACCGACAGCAAUGUUGCCAGUCCCAUGGAGCCUCCGUCUCCAUCGUCAACAAUGGUUAAAGAAUCCUUGUCAAGUGAUUCAAAAACCAAACUAUUGGCUACUCCACAGACAGCAGCACCUGGUGCAGCUAGUGUAAAUGGAGGCAGUUCACCCACUUUGGACAUGUCACAUAAUCGUAAUCUAAGUGAUAUCCAACACGAAAUGACAGAUGCCUUGCGCGAUCUACAGCUGGAACGGAAUCUAGGUGUAGGUGCAGCUGAAAGCGAUAAGACGUCAACACAACAGACGACAACAAAAUCUCUCACUUUGCCAUUGAGUGGCCCAAAAGCUACGGAUACUGCGGUUACUACAUCAACGGAUCCGUCAACCGAUAUGCAUUUCCGUUGCAAUAUAUUUUCCUCAUCCAAAACUAAGGACAAAGACGGAAAUGGUGCCAUAGGAGAAGUCUUAGAUGACGACACAUCCUCGAAUCGUGUGGGUCAAUCGGUAUUCUAUGAUUGCCUAGAUGCCAGUCCAGCUUGCCUGGAUGAGAAACAAGAUGCCAUGAAACCAGACACCACAGAUGAUGAGAUUUCAGAGAUCGAUCAGGGUUGCACAAUAUUCUCGGGCGUUACCUAUUUAGGUGCAGCCAAUAUAAAUGCUCCUAAAUCCGAAUCAGAGGUCUAUAGGAUUAUGAGUGAGCUAAAUAGUGGGUCACAGCAGGUGGUGGGCCUUAAGAUAACAGUUAGCAUUCCUAACUGCUCGGAUGGUUUAGUGGUACUCCAUGACGCGGAGAGCAACACAAUAAUUGCUACAUAUGAGAUCUCUAGCAUAAUACUGUAUUAUCGUGGGCCAGUUGCUACUGUCGAAAAUGGCUGCUUUGCCUUUACAUGGCUGCAUGGUGAUGCUCUCUUUCAAUGCCAUGUAUUUCGUUGCCAUAUACCCGAAGCCGUGAAUCAAGUUAGCGCUUGCUUUCAGAAGGCAUUCCAAACAUAUCCGCCCAGUAUGAGUUGCAGCCUCAAUUCAGCUGUCGAUAUGGUCAACUCAGUGACAUCGGAUGUUAGCGGCAAUCCAUUGAAUACAGCCGGUUAUGAGUUCAUUGUCUCACUAGAGAUACGUGAGAAGGUGGCCAAAAAUGCAUAUACAUCAGUGCCGCGAGAUCGAGGAUGUUUUAAGCUAAGAGCCAAUACCGAUAAGGAGGUGGGCAUAACCGUAAAGCAAACGCCAUCCAACGUCCUCCAACCGUUGUAUAUAGAACGAUGCUUUGGCGUCUUGGUGGCUCCUGGUAAAUUGGUGGUACAAAAGGAUAUGCAUCUGAUAGACAUGCUAAGCAUGGGCUACAUCACACCAGGUGGUGCUGUUGGUCCCGAUGUGGAUGCCACAUCAGGAGGAUCUUCAUGCCUGCCAUAUGCCAUAAGAGCCGAAUGGAAGGCUCAAGAGAAGGUGGCCUUCGAACAACUAAAUCAAGAAACGUCCAAAACAAAUCUCACUGUUGCCGUGGACAUUGUCAUACGUGGCAUUCAGGAGCCAGUGCGUUUUGUCAUCGAAACUCCAGUGACCAUACAGCCGGCAAAUGAGAUUCGUAUUCGAGAUCAUUUCAUAUCUAAACGACCCAUGACCUUGCGUUUCUAUUUACAUCUCAAGCGCACCGAUGAACUCAACUGGAAGGUGAAUAGCAUUGAUCCUUCGGAGGAGAUUAACGAACAGCAGUUGUCAUCAUCGUCAGGCAGCCAUGCACAAGCAUCAUCAUCAUCAUCCCUACUCAAAUUGGGGAUGAAUAAUCUUUCCAGAAUUGUUCGCAGUUCAUCCAUAGCCUCCAUUGAAGAUGAUUGUCCUACAGAUUAUAGCAGUGAUGGUGAUGAACCUCUGCUAAGUGGCACGGGCGAGGUGUCUAAAGAUUGUUCGCAAGACACAUUAGAUGAAUGGGAUCCCAUAUUGCGUGAAUGGGAUGGCGAGAAGAGGCCAAAAAAUUUGGCUCAACUCGUUCGACUGGGUGUGCCCGAGGCAUUGCGUGAAAAGAUUUGGCAAAAAUUGGCCAAUGUCGAGGGCAAAGCUGAAAUGAAUGAUAUGUACAAGAUUCUGAUUACCAAAGAAACCAAAUGUGAGACGGUUAUACAAAGGGAUAUACAUCGCACAUUUCCGGCCAAUAAGUAUUUUAAGGAGAGCGGUGGAUCUGGCCAGGAUGCUUUGUUUAAAGUGUCCAAAGCUUAUGCCGUGCAUGACAGUGAAGUGGGCUAUUGUCAAGGAUUAAGUUUCAUAGCAGCCAGUCUUUUAUUACAUAUGCCCGAGGAAGAUGCAUUUUGCGUUUUAGUCUCUCUAAUGUAUGACUAUGGAUUGCGUGAUCUGUACAAGGCCGGUUUUGAAGUCCUCUAUUUGCGUCUAUAUCAGCUGGAACGCCUUAUCAAGGAUCAAUUGCCCAAAUUGCAUGAACAUUUCACUACCUGCGGCAUUGAGACACAUAUGUAUGCUUCGCAAUGGUUCCUUACUCUCUAUACGGCUCGGUUUCCGCUGUGUUUUGUUUUCCAUGUUUUGGAUGUAUUCCUGCUGGACGGUUUGCCCGUUCUAUUCCAGGUGGCAGUGACUUUACUGUCGAUAUGUGAAUCCGAUUUACGUCAAUUGGAUUUCGAGGGGAUUCUAAAGUAUUUCCGUGUGACAUUACCCAAAAAGUGUCGCAGUUCCAGUCAAGCGCGCAAAGUGAUGAAGCAAUCGUGUGAGCGAAAGAUCAAAAAGCUCAAGCAAUAUGAGGAGGAGUUUGUAUUAAAGAAACAGCACAAAGAGCGUCUCGAGAAGGAGGCGCAAAUCUAUGAGAGUCGUUUUGGUGAGGAGAGACGCAAAUUGCAGGCAGAGAUUGAGGCAUUGAGUCAACAAUUGACCAUUGCCAAUGAGCGUGCGGUGGAGAAGGAGAGAAAGCACACGGGAAUCAUACAGGAAUAUAAACAAAUAAUACAAAGACAAGAGCAGGACAUGAAUACCCUCAAUGAGACAUUGGGCAAGGUCAUGCACACUGUUUCCAAAUGUCAGCAUUGUCUGCAACAGAUUGAUGUGGGUCAUGACAAUUCCCAAAAAAGCCAAUUAAGUUCAUUGGGCAAUGCAAAUGAGGCUCCCUUGGGUCCAUUGGAUCCCCUUAAUGCUGCCUCACAGCGAAUACGGGAAUUGGAACUCGAAUUGGCACAAGCCAAGUUGGCUCAAGUGGAGGCCGAAUGCAAAAAUCAAGAUUUAAAUCAUCAGCUUAACAAUACACUCAGUGAAUUGCAAACAAAUCGUAAUAGUUGGCAACCCUGGCUAUCGAAAACCUUCAAUACGCUACAGGAAAAGGUAACCACACGUAGUCAAAAGGAUCAUCAUGGUGGUGGUGGUGGUGGUGGAGGCGGCGGACCUACAGCCACAUUCCAUUCAUAUAUGGGUCAACCGGGUCCAGCACAGCCCACGGCGCUUAGUGAGGCCAGUUCACCCAAUCAGGUAACCUAACACACCACCUAUCCAUCCAUUCAUGUCGAGCGCUGGAACCUCAAAUGAUAUUUUCCUUUUUUUUUUAGUUACUAUUAUUAUUAUUAUAAUGAUUUUUGUUUAGAUCUCUAAGUAAUGCGAUGAGGAGAAGCUCCUCUAAUUUUUUUAUUUUUUACUCUUUUUAUUUUUUAUGUUUGGUUAUCUGAACGUUAUCGAAAUGUUAUUUUAAGCUUUUGGAGGAUUUCUGAAUACCUCUGCACAUUGUUUAUCAUGCUUAAAUUAUAUCACACACCCACAUUCACACACCCAUUACCCUUUCCACCUGCCACACUCUUCACUUUUGAAAAUGUGA